AUGAGACUUCGGACGCAUUACCUGUGGGGAGCGACACUGGUAGCCCGAUUUGGAGGGCAUGUUCUGGCUCAAGAGGCACCAUCGGGCGAUUUGCCUGCAACUUCCUCUGUGGUAUCAUCUUUACACGCUGUCCAGCCAGCACCCCCUGCAACAGGCGAGCCCGACGGUCCGAAGAGAGUCAUGUACAGCCAAAAAGAACUCCUCAGCUGGACUCGACAUGAAAGACGGGCGCUGGAAUGGGAAGUGCAGAUUGCAUAUGAGGGGCAGACCUUCUUUGACGGAUGGAACUGGUUCACAGAAGACGACCCAAGCAAUGGCCUGGUCAACUAUGUCGGUCGUUCCAAGGCCUUCUCGGAUGGGCUGGCGUUUUGGACCAAGGACGGUAUACCUGGCAUACAGGCCGAACACUGGGCCACAACCGAUGUAGGAGCACAUCGCAACUCUGUCCGGAUAACUACCAAGUCUCUCUUUGAAGGCGGGCUCUUCAUCAUCGAUAUGGCUUUGAUGCCUUGGGGUUGUGGCGUGUGGCCGGCCUUUUGGACCCUUGGAGCCGACGGCGCCUGGCCUGAGACGGGAGAGAUCGACAUCAUUGAAGGGGUUCAGGCCAACACCAACAACCACUCUAUGCCUGGGUGCGCUAUCAACUCAAGUACUGAGGAUCUGUACUCUGGAUACAUGGGUAAUCAAGACUGUGAUUCUUCGAACGUAGGUGGAAGCGGCUGUUCCAUAAUUUCCAACUCCGACUCCUCCUUCGGCAUGCCUUUCAACGAAGCCGGAGGCGGAGUAUUUGCCAUGCUGUGGGACAAUGAUGGGAUCAGGAUGUGGAAUUGGAACAGAGCGCAGAUUCCGUCAGACAUCAGCGACAGCACCCCGUCCCCGUCUACCUGGGGUCUGCCCGUGGGUACUUGGGAUGCCUCUAUUUGCGACCUCUCCUCGUUUUUCAAGGCUCAAAUAUUGACGUUGAAUGUCAACAUCUGCGGAGACUGGAUCUACAACACCUGGGACCGUGAGCCUCUCUCCCAUUUUUGA